GCCAACUUCCUGUUUGUGUGCUGCAGGUGUGAUUGACAGCAGAUGGAGAGCAAGACAAACAUGUGCUGUGAAUGACAAACUAACAGGGAGGAGAGAAAGAGGUGGAGAAAGAAAAUCUCAUCAAUAAAUCUACUUUAUAGUUACCACAGCUGCAGCUUUCAGUCUGCGCACACACACUGACAGACAGACAGGUGCACACACACUGACAGACAGACAGGUGCACACACACUGACAGACAGACAGGUGCACACACACUGACAGACAGACAGGUGCACAGACAGGUGUACAGGUGGUCUCACCCGCUGGGCCCGAGUCUCUCUGCAGCUGUUGGCGUUACGAACCCCGCUGAGAGCCGAGCUUUUUAUUCCCCCACCGAGAGGAGAGAGAGUCACACGGCCAACACUGAGGACACAAUAUCCAGUCUGCUCCCAGUAACAUCCAGUCUGCUCCCAGUAUGGCCAGCUCCCUCCUGCAGGCAGUGGAGAUAUCCGCCUCUCAGUUUCUGGACAUCUUUCAUCACUACGACAACGAUGGAAACGGAUUCAUCGAAGGAAAAGAGCUGCAGAGUUUCAUCAGAGAGCUGCGAGAAGCUCGACAGAAGGCGGGACUGGAUCUGACGGAUGAGAUGAGACAGUUUGUGAGUGAAUAUGAGGAGACGACAGAUCGCAGGAUCGGACUGGUUGAACUGGUUCAGAUUCUUCCCACUGAGGAGAACUUCCUGUUGUUCUUCAGACAGCAGCUGAGCUCCGCCUCUCAGUUCCUGCAGACGUGGAGACGUUAUGAUGUCGACCACAGCGGCUACAUUGAGGCAGAAGAGCUGAAGAACUUCCUGAAGGAUCUGCUGCUGAAAAACCAAAGAACAUGUGACCAGAACAAGCUGGACGAGUACACAGCAGCAACUUUGAAGAUUUUUGAUUCAGAUGGUGACGGAAAACUCUGCUUGGCAGAAAUGGCCAGGUUGCUGCCUGAUGAACAGAACUUCGUGCUCAGGUUUGAGGGAAUAAAGACGUCCAGACGUCAGUUCAACAGGACCUUUGAUCUCUAUGAUCGGGAUGGCAGUGGGUUCAUGGAUGAAGCAGAGCUCGACGUUCUCCUCAGAGAUCUGUGUGAGAACAACAAGAAGGUUCUGGACUCUGCAGAUCUUCCUCUUUAUCGGGCGUCCAUCAUGCAGCUGUCAGACAGAGGGAAACUUUACCGCAGCGAGCUCGCUCUGCUGCUCUGUGAUGAAGACUGAAACUACUCAACACGUUAAACUAGUGGAUCUGAGUUAUGAUUGUUUUGAUUCCUCCUCUCUGAUUGGUUGCUGCAGCCUGAUAGUAUAAACAUGAUGUGAGUUUGUCUGUAAUAAACAUCAAAUAAAAUUCUACUGUUUCUUUCACACCUGUUCACCAGGUGAGUAUCAGACAGUUUGAUCCUCUAGUUGUUUUAAUGUGGAGCUGAUUGUCUGACAACACGAUGACAUCAUGCCUGUAGGUUUACAUCACUGCAUGUUUUAUGAUCUGUGUUUUCAUGUUGAACCUGUGACUCAUCACAUGUGACGAAAUAAAACCAUGAACAGA